UAUAUCCACAAUACAACAUUCCUUCAAAAAAUCCACAAUACAACAUUGAUUCCAUCAUCUUUUGCUCCAAACCUUUCCAAAACUUCAUUAAUCUCUCCACCUGGAAAAAUCAUCAUGGGUGUCCUCGGAGCAAUACUAAGACAUUUGGACACAACAAUAGGGCCCGGAGUAAUGCUUCUUUAUCCUUUAUAUGCAUCAAUGAGGGCAAUUGAAAGUCCUUCAACCUUAGAUGACCAACAGUGGCUAACAUAUUGGGUUUUAUAUUCUUUCAUAACUCUCUUCGAGCUUUCAACUUACAAGGUCCUAUAUUGGUUUCCCAUUUGGCCAUACAUGAAGCUUGUGUUCUGCAUAUGGUUGGUACUGCCAAUGUUCAAUGGAGCAGCUUACAUAUAUGAGAAUUAUGCAAGGACAUACGUCAAGAAAUUUGGCAACUAUGGAAGUUAUAAUUAUCCUGAGGAGUACAAGAAGGUCCUUCAUAUGAUGACUUUCGAUGCAAGAAAAGCAGUUGAACGUUAUAUCGAUAGAUUUGGCCCAGAUGCAUUUGAGAGAGUGAUUAGAGCAGCUGAGAAAGAAGCAAAGAAGCAUUGAGUGAGUGUCAAUUUAACCAAGUUGGCAUGGGAAGAAGAAUGUAAACACGUUAUAUUCAGUUCUUCAUUCUGUCAAUAUAUUCUAGCAUGUAGAAAACUGAUUGAGUUUCAGAAUUAAUUAUUAUAGUUAAACGAGAGCAAUCUUAUUUUCUAUGAUUAAUAUGUUUUUUUAUGUACAUCCCUUGGAUUAAUUAAGAAUAAAUAGCGUUCAAUUUGAUUAA